AUGGCGUCUUCGCUAUCUUUUCACAAUCCUAAUUUCGGAACUCAGACAGGGAUUAAUAAUGGGACGAUUAAUGCUCAGUUCGACCUGCGUUCAGACCCUCUUGACAUGUUACCAAUUGCGGACGGGGCAGUGUUCGACUCUUACGCGAAUCAGCAUCAGGACAAAUGUCUUCCAGGCACUAGGAGCGAACUUCUCAACGAGAUUGCACAAUGGGCUAUGUCAUCGGAGGGAAAAUGUAUCUUUUGGUUGAAUGGGAUGGCCGGGACCGGGAAAUCGACGGUUUCUCGCACUGUGGCUAACCGCUUCGAAGAAGAGAAGUUACUAGGAGCAAGCUUCUUCUUUAAGAGGGGCGAGGGAGAUAGAGGGAAUGCGAUAAAGCUUUUCCCGACGAUUACCAAACAACUAGCGAAGGUUAUUCCCCAACUGACCUCUGGUGUUCGAAAAGCAAUUGACAACAACCCCGACAUCGGAACUAAAGGGCUGAAGGAACAGUUUGACAGAAUACUCCUUCAACCUCUACUGGACUUGCAUUCAUCCACUCUCCCGACCCUGAUUGUAGUCAUAGUGAUAGACGCACUAGACGAAUGCGACGUGGAUAAUGACAUGCGACUUAUACUCCAACUACUACCACAAUUACAGAAAGCAGAGGGUAUACGUGUACGAGUUUUGUUAACUAGCAGGCCUGAAUUGCCGAUUCGUCUGGGGUUUGAUAAGCUUCCUCACCAUGAUCAUAAAGACUUCGUUCUACAUAACAUCCCUAAGGAAGUUAUUGAAAAUGAUUUAUCAUUAUUCUUGAAUCAUCGAAUUUCAAAGAUUAGAGAGGAGCGAGAACCCCCCCUACCUAUCGAUUGGCCUGGCGCGAUAAAUAUCAGAAAACUAGUGGCGUUGUCUGUUCCGCUAUUCAUCUUCGCCGCUACGAUAUGCCGCAUAUUUGAGGACCCUGACUGGGACCCAAUGGACAGUCUUCCUGAGAUUCUCACACAUCAAAAUGAUGAAUCUAAACUGGAUGGAACGUAUCUUCCUGUGCUUGAUCGGCUUCUUAAAAGACAAUCGGAAAAGAAGAAAAAGGAGCUGGUCCAAGAAUUUCAUGAAGUGGUCGGUGCAAUCGUGAUACUAGAGAGCCCACUCUCAAUUAUCGCACUUCCAAAACUUAUCGGCCUCCCGCAGAGGCUUGUUCAUACCAGACUCAACUCACUACACUCAGUUCUAAGUGUACCAAAUGAUGAGACCUCGCCGAUACAGCUCUUUCAUUUAUCAUUUCGAGACUUUCUUCUUAGUCCGGAAACCCGUGAGAAGACAGUAUUCUGGAUAGAUGAGAAAGAAAUGCAUCAUAGAUUAUCCAAACGUUGCUUUCUUAUAUGUGAGAAUCUGAGACGGAAUAUUUGCGAACUGCCAAGUGAUGGAACACAACGUGAGAAUAUUGAUCGCCAGACUAUCAAUCGUUUUCUUCCUCCAGAAUUGCAAUAUGCCUGUCGAUAUUGGGCACAUCAUCUGGUACUAUGCAUAGACAUGUAUACUGUGGUGCAAGAUGUUCUCUUAUUUCUCAAGAGGCAUUUUCUGCACUGGGUGGAAGCAAUGAGCCUGUUAGGCCUUACGUCAGAAGUGGUGGGGAUUAUCAAUCGCCUAGAGGCGGUUAUAGCAGGCGACCACAAUGCUGAAACGUCCGAAUUUCUGCAUGAUGCAAAGCGUUUUAUACUUAAAAACCGCCAGAUAGCUGACGAAGCGCCCCUACAGGUUUAUUGCUCAGGACUUAUCUUUGCGCCUCGAAAGGCAAUAAUCCGCAAAGAAUUCAAAGUGCAGCUUCCUAGUUGGAUAUAUCAGUUACCACAAGUUCAGGAAAGGUGGAGUGCAGAAUUGCAGGCACUCCAGGGUCAUUCUAGUUCAGUUCAGUCGGUGGCCUUCUCGCCCAACGGCCAGUUACUGGCCUCUGGCUCUCUCGAUAAGACACUUCGGCUGUGGGAUACGGCGACGGGCGCCCUACAGCAGACUCUCGAGGGUCAUACUGAUUGGGUUGAAUCGGUGGCCUUCUCGCCUGACGGCCGGCUACUAGCGUCUAGCUCUAACGAUAAGACAAUCUGCCUCUGGGAUACGGCGAUAGGCGCUCUACAGCAGACUCUUAAGGGCCAUACUGAUUCAGUUCAGUCGGUGACAUUUUCGCCCGAUGGCCAGCUGCUAGCGUCUGGCUCGGACGAUGAGACGGUUCGGCUCUGGGACACGGCGACAGGCGCCUUACAGCAGACUCUUAAGGGUCAUACUGAUUGGGUUCAGUCGGUAGCCUUCUCGCCCGACGGUCGGCUGCUAGCGUCUAGCUCUGACGAUAAGACAAUCCUGCUCUGGGACACAGCGAGAGGCGCCCUACAGCAGACUCUCGAGGGCCACACUGAUUCAGUUCAGUCGGUGACAUUUUCGCCUGACGGUCAGCUACUAGCCUCUGGCUCCGACGAUGAGACAGUUCGGCUUUGGGAAACGGCGACAGGCGCCCUACAGCAGACUCUCGAGGGUCAUACUGAUUGGGUUCAAUCGGUGGCCUUCUCGCCCGACGGUCGGCUGCUAGCGUCUAGCUCUGACGAUAAGACAACCCUGCUCUGGGACACAGCGACUGGAGUCUUACAGCAGAUUCUCGAGGGCCAUAUUAAUGGGAUUAACUCGGUAGCCUUCUCGCCUGAUGGUCGGCUACUAGCGUCUGGCUCGGACGAUGAGACGGUUCGGCUUUGGGACACGGCGACAGGCACCUUACAGCAGACUCUCGAGGGUCAUACUGAUUGGGUUCAGUCGGUGGCCUUCUCGCCCGACGGUCGGCUGCUAGCCUCUGGCUCUCGCGAUAAGACAGUCGGGCUUUGGGACAUGGCGACGGACAUGGCGACGGGCAUAGCGACGGGCGCCCUACAGCAGACUCUUGAGGGCCAUACUGAGUCGGUUCAAUCGGUGGCCUUCUCACCCGACGGCCGGCUGCUAGCGUCUGGCUCCGACGAUGAGACAGUUCGGCUUUGGGACACGGCGACAGGAGUCCUACAGCAGGUUCUCGAGGGCCACACUGGUUGGGUUCAGUCGGUGACCUUCUCGCCCGACGGCCGGCUACUAGCGUCUAGCUCUGAGGAUAAGACAGUCAGGCUUUGGGACAUAGCGACUGGCGUCCUACAGCAGACUCUUGAGGGCCAUACUGAGUCGGUUCAGUCGGUGGCCUUCUCGCCCGAUGGCCGGCUGCUAGCGUCUGGCUCAGACGAUGAGAUAGUUCGGCUCUGGGACACAGCGACAGGCGCCCUACAGCAGGCUUUCGAGGGCCACACUGGUUGGGUCCAGUCGGUAACCUUCUCGCCCGACGGCCGGCUACUAGCGUCUAGCUCUGAUGAUAAGACAAUCCUGCUCUGGGACACAGCGACUAGAGUCCUACAGCAGACUCUCGAAGGCCAUACUGAUUGGGUUCAGUCGGUAGCCUUCUCUCCCGAUAGUCGGCUACUAGCGUCUGGCUCGGACGAUGAGACAGUUCGGCUCUGGGACACGACGACUGGAGUCCUACUACUAACUCUUAAGGCCCAUACUGGUUGGGUUCGUUCGGUGACUUUCUCACCCGACGGCCGGCUACUGGCGUCUAGCUCCGACGAUAAGAUAGUUCGGCUCUGGAAUAUGGCGACGGCUCCCUUACAACAGAAUCCCGAGUACCAUACUGGUUGGGUUCGUUCGUUAGCCUUCUCGCCUGAUGGUCAGCUACUAGCCUCUGGCUCCGACGAUGAGACAGUUCGGCUUUGGGAAACGGCGACAGGCGCCCUACAGCAGACUCUCGAGGGUCAUACUGAUUGGGUUCAAUCGGUGGCCUUCUCGCCCGACGGUCGGCUGCUAGCGUCUAGCUCUGACGAUAAGACAAUCCUGCUCUGGGACACAGCGACGGGCGCCCUACAGCAGACUCUUGAGGGUCAUACUGAGUCGGUUCAAUCGGUGGCCUUCUCACCCGACGGCCGGCUGCUAGCGUCUGGCUCCGACGAUGAGACAGUUCGGCUUUGGGACACGGCGACAGGAGUCCUACAGCAGGUUCUCGAGGGCCACACUGGGUUGGUUCGUUCGGUGGCCUUCUCGCCCGACGGCCGGCUGCUGGCGUCUGGCUCCAACGAUAGGAAUGUCCGGCUCUGGGACACAGCGACUGGUGCCCUAUACGAAAUAUUCCGUAUCCACAGCGUGGCCACUGACCUCGAAUUCUCCCAGGACGGUACAUACCUAAGCAGCAACCCAGGAUCUCCCGGUAUUAAGUGUCGCAAUCACACCCCACAUCUAUCUCCGGUAAAUCUGAAGAAAUCUAUACUGAAAAUUCCCCGACACAGUUCAUACACAAGCUGUAACUCGGGAUCUCUUGGUAUUCAGUCCAAGUGUCGCAAUCACACCUCCAAUACACAUCAGGCAAAUCUGGAUAUAUCCAUAAUUAAGGCGCAGUGGAUAAUCUUCAAUGGGGAAAAGAUAUUGUGGCUUCCUCCUGACGCUGGCCCUUCUUGUUCGGCCAUUAAAGGCAGUACACUUGCCCUGGGCCACGCAUCAGGGCGAAUUUCCUUCAUAGGAUUUCGGGUAUAA